AGAAAAGUGAAAGUGUGUGUUGUUAGAAGCUGAUUUAGUUCCUGAAGUGUGUUGUUAUUUGUGAGCGGGAUGAGUUCGGGCGGUAAGGAUGAAGAGCCUCUGACUUCUGAGACAUCAGAGAUUUCUGAGUCAAUGGAGGUAACCGGUGCGGGCGAGGCCGAGGUGAAAACUACAAAUAACUCUGCUCUCCCAAUACAUGUCGGCCAACCCAAAAAGUCCACUGUGGAACCUCUUCCGGUGUUCCCUGAGUUGCUGAGUGGGCAGGGUGAGUACACGUGCAAAAUGUGUAGUGAAACGUUCAUAUCGCUGGCGCAGUUGGCCAAACACAUGCAGUUUCAUGACCGCGACCGGCCGUACCCAUGCACCAUCUGCGGCAAACGCUUUCUGACUCGCAGCCACCACGACGAGCACCAGCGCGUGCACACCGGCGAGCGCCCGUUCCUGUGCGACCGCUGUGACCGUUCCUUUACCACCCACCACAACCUCAAGCGCCACCAGAUCAUCCACGAUAAGGAAGAGGCGUAUCGCUGCACAGUGUGCGGCGUGCUCUUUUGCCAGGAACACCAACUGGGUAACCUCAGCGGCAUCAUCCGUGUGCUCAAGCAGCACGACAUCAUGGAACCAGAGAGCUUUCUGGAACUGGAAAGUAAAAUGAUGCUUGAACCGGAGAUGCAUGAACUGGAACCUCAGCUGAGGAAACAGAAGAAGAAACUGAAGCACACACACCCCGGUUUAGAUGAAAACUGCUCAGAUUUUACUCUACAAGAGAAGCAACCAGGCACGGUUCCUGAAAUAGUUCCCACAGCAAAUUUCAGCAUACGACAGAUUGCUUACGACAUUGAGGUUGUUUUGUAAGUGGUAUAAAGUCUCACAGUGCGUCUGCGUUCACAUGAUGCGCAGCAAAACCACUGUUGUACUGGCUGUAAUAUGGUUUCCUAUGGAGUGCUUACAUUACUGCUGCGAUAUCAGUGUUGUGCGCUGCACAGAUUUAUCACUUUAGGACUCGGUUUUUACUGCUUGUCGCUGGUUGAAUUUUAACCCAGUUUGCUGCUGCUGCUGCCGCUGCCAAUGAGACACAAUUGCCAAUAUGACAUACGGCAGUUCACAAAACCUUGAACUUUAUAAUUCACCAUUUAGAUCAACAUGGCAUUAAGAGGGAAAAAAUACAGCAUAGUGACUAGGAAGCUGUGAAAUGGUGAAAUGGCUCAUCCUGGAAUCGCAUGUGGCUUCGUAGCUCCUCAGUAUGAUUUUACUCAUCCUUAGAUUAAUAUAGAAUGUUUCAUGAAGCCACUUCAUUCUUUUGCUGGGCUUUUAUUUUCUCACGCCUCUAAAUAACGAUGCUGCAGAGCGUUCCUGUGUAAACUAAAUACAUGCAAUGCUGCUUGUAAAUAAACCAUCAAUACUAUUACUAGUGUUUAUUACUUCAAGCUUGGUGCUCACUGGCACAGCCCACAGUAAGCAGUUUUGCUGUUUAUCAUGUAAAAGAUGUAAAAUAUGCACCUAGCUUCACAGUGAACGAAGAGCAGAACACGUAUCAUGUGAAAGCCACGUACAGCUGCGCCAUCGUGGACAUUCCUGCCAUCGGUCAGAAAGUGCAUUGAUUUGAGUUUCUGGUUUGUUUGUAAGCAGGUUUCAUUUUCAGCAGUACAUUUAGCCACUUACGGUAUUUAAACACGUAACACCAGUAUUUGUGUAUUACUGUGUCAGGUAAUUACCUUGGUAAUGUGCUGUUACUGUAAGGGAUGCAAAUGCUCCCAUAUUUAGGGGUUGCACACCCCACUUUAUUAGAGAAAUUGGAAUAACCUAGGUUUGCCUGGACAGGACCAGUGCUGUGAAGUGAAUACAGUAACAGGCACUAUGAUUUCUACAUUGGGAAACACUGUGGCAAAUAAUAAUUGUAAGAUACAAACACAUUGUGUGUGAGUGUCUCUGAACUGUUUCAAUACUUUUCCACUAUGCUCUCAUACCCUGGUUUAAGCCAAACCUUUAUUAUCUUACUAAUUUGUUCCUUAUAAGUGAGGAUGGGUCCACACUUUUUGUGUAUGUUACGAUAUGCCAUACUGAAGUCGGGUUGAAUUGAUCAGUCAGUCUUUUUUGACAGAAAGCUUACAAACAUCCAAUUGACUUUUCAAUCCAGAAUCUUGUGCAUUAUAUUUUUAAAGGAAAAUGUUGUUUAUAUUCAACUAAUAAUUCAAACCAACUGAUGUGUCAAAUUUGAGUAAAAUAUUAUUUGUUUUUCUUUUAGUACGUAUCAGCUUCUUAAGUACUUAACAUCCUUUUAUAGUCAUUACCUAUCAAAAGUUUUUAUUUUAUUAUGGUUACUUUUGAGGGUGGGCGGGCUGAAGGGAUUCCUCAUUACUGCUGCAAUGACUGCAUCCGCUGGCUGGUCGAAGGCCCCUUCACCGAGUCUCUUUGUACGCUAUACAGACCUCUGUGUGAACCUGCCCUGGGUAGAAAAGUAAACUUUUUGUUCUCUGCUGUUGUGUUAAUAUUACUGCUGUUCAGCUACUUUCAAACUGAAUCAUGAGUAUCUUUGUGUUACAGUAAUGCAUCAUAAAAGACUCGAUUUGAAAGUGACCGACAUCAUGAUAUUUAUAAAGGUUUGGUUGUCGACACCAGUGUGAACGUGUCAAGUAGAAUUCACUGCUGGUCCCUCAACCAAUGGUUCAAUUCGGCCUAACACAAUUCUUUAUGUUUUCAUAAAAAACUUGGUGUGUGGUUAUAGGAACCAUGUUUCAUGUUUUAUCAGAUCUGCUGGUCAAACAUUUCAAUAAAAAAACCCACAAAAAUUUGCUGUUUGCCCCAAGGUAUGUUUUUCUGAGAAUAUGCCUCACAUUUUACUGUAUGUAUUGAGAUGAUAGAAAACCAUACAUGACAAAUAGGAUAUAAUAAAGUUAUUAGAUGAA